AUGACAGGAAAUCAGUCGCAUUCUUCUACGGCAGCCAAUUCGUUCUCGUCUCAUAAUGUUGUCGGUGUCCAUUACCGAGUCGGCAAAAAAAUCGGUGAAGGCAGCUUUGGUAUUAUCUAUGAAGGUACCAAUCUAUUGAAUAACCAACCCGUGGCAAUCAAGUUUGAACCAAGAAAGAGUGAUGCUCCACAACUACGCGACGAAUAUCGGACGUACAAGAUCAUGGCUGGCUCGACUGGUAUACCCAAUGCUUAUUACUUUGGUCAGGAAGGACUCCAUAACAUUCUCGUCAUUGAUUUGCUGGGUCCCAGUCUUGAAGAUAUGUUUGAUAUUUGUGGUCGACGUUUCUCGGUCAAGACGGUUGCCAUGCUUGCCAAACAAAUGUUGGACCGUGUGCAAACGAUUCAUGAAAAGAGCUUGAUUUAUCGAGACAUUAAGCCUGACAACUUUUUGAUCGGCAAACCCGGCACCAAAAUGGCAAAUCAGAUCUUCAUUGUUGAUUUUGGCAUGGCAAAACUCUAUCGAGAUCCCAAGACAAAGCAGCACAUCCCUUAUCGCGAACGCAAGAGUCUCUCUGGCACUGCACGAUACAUGAGCAUUAAUACCCAUUUGGGUCGAGAACAGUCGCGACGUGAUGAUCUCGAAGCACUCGGCCACGUCUUCAUGUACUUUUUGCGUGGGUCUCUUCCAUGGCAAGGUCUCAAGGCAGCCACCAACAAGCAAAAAUACGAGAAGAUUGGCGAGAAAAAGCAAAGUACAGCCGUCAAGGAUUUGUGUGAAAACUUUCCAGAGGAAUUUGGCAUCUAUCUUCAAUACGUUCGCAAGCUUGGUUUCGAGGAGACACCUGAUUACGACUUUUUGCGUGAAUUGUUCAGCAAAGUGAUCAAGAAUGCUGGUGAAGUCGAAGAUGGUGUUUAUGAUUGGAUGCUCUUGAACAAUGGCAAAGGAUGGGAAACCAUGUCAAAACGUCAAGCCGCUCGUCAAGGUCUACCUGCACCAGCCAAAAAGGUCAUUGCUGAUAAUCAACGUCAAAUGGCAUCAACAGAUAAUAGCAACCAAGCCGCCAAUGCCAACAACACAGCAGCAGGGACUCAACCAGCAGCAGCAGCAGGACCAGGUGGUGCUGCUAAUCAUGCAGCUGAUUAUCACCACGUAUCACAGACAAUGCCAAAGAAGCAAAGUUUGCUGUCAAGAUUGACAUGUGGAUUGUGCCACUAG